AAGGAAAUAAAAUGUUGAAAACAAAGUGUAUGGUUUGGGAAACAAAUUAAUCAUAUGAAUAUAUAUUAUACCUAAAUAGUAGCCUCCACUUUCAGCUGUACGGGCACUUCCUCCUCCGGCGAAAAACUCAGAUAGCAACCAAGGAAACAGAGAACACAGUGAUACUCCCAGGAAGACAAACAUGUUGUUUUUCUCAUACUUCAAGGAUCUGGUGGGUAGAGAAGUGACUGUGGAACUGAAGAACGAUUUGGCUAUUCGAGGAACACUACAUUCAGUUGAUCAGUAUCUCAACAUUAAGCUUGAAAACACGAGGGUUGUUGAUGAGGAAAAGUACCCACACAUGAGGUCGGUGAGGAACUGCUUCAUCAGAGGAUCGGUGGUGAGAUAUGUGCAGUUACCUCCAGAUGGAGUUGACGUCGAACUUCUUCAUGAUGCUACCAGGAGAGAAGCUCGGGGUGGCUGAAACUUAGUGUUCGAAAUUGGUCUUUCACAUUCAGCGGAUAAGUCAGCAGUAUACUGAUUUUUCUUGCUGGAUGCAUUUUGCGCGUAGUGGUUUUCUUCAUUAUUUUAAAAUUUAGUAUGCAGAUGUUAUGAAUACUGCAAUCCGUGAUGUGGAAACUGUUGAUAUGAAUAUUGUCCCCAAGACAUUUCUGUCUUUUGAGAAAAAUUAAGAAUGUUAAGAACUGAUUUUAGUGUCUAA